CCCCUCGUGGUACCUACCUAGCUAUUUUCUAGAGAAUCCUGUCAUAAAUUGUGCUCCUUUUGUAUAUCAAUCCUCUGUUUACUACUAAUACUUUGAUUUCCCUCAAUUGCAACAACUCAUGAGUUUCUUCAGUCAGAGAAGAAUUUUAAUUGAUGGAAGGGUAGGGAGUUUUCCUCUUUGUUGGUUUCGCUAGAAAGACUACAAUUGUAAAUCUAAAAUGUAUGAAAGGAAAGCUGGAGACUUCUGGAAAAUUUCUUAUGCUAGUCCUUCAGCAGAUUUUCAUUUGAUGCUAAUUGUGAUCAAGUAUUUCCUGCAGCAAGGUUUGUAUAGAAAGCUAAGAUUCCCCCCAAGGUCAGGGUUUUGGGAUGUCUUGUAGCAAAUAGGAGGGUGAACGCAUGUUAUUCACUUCAGCGGAGGAGACCAAGCUGUUGCUUAUCUCCCCGUGUUUGUGUUGUGCAAGUCACAGGGGACUGUUCAUCAUUUUUUCUGUGCAGUAUGGCGUAUUGUGUGGCCAAAGCUGUUGAGGGAGGCUGGCGUGGAUUAUAUAAGCUCAACUGGGACAAUAACUCUAUAUUAACUGAAAAGGAUUCUGCUUGACAAUGAAAAAAUGGCCACAGUUCUUUGUCGUUGCAGUGUGAUAGCUGUGUGCAUUGGAUUGAAAGAAAUUAAAGGCUUUUUGAAGUCUAUAUAGGUGCAGUAAUGGAAAAGCUUUGGGAGAGAAUUGGGUUCUGGGAAACUUUUUUAGGCUUCUGUUUCUGGGGAACUUCAAACCUACACUCUUUCUUCUAUAAUCUUUUCUUGCAAAAGCAGCUGUAUUUUAUAGGUUCACUCAAGCAAGAUUCUCCUGAUAAUUCUGGAGCUGUAAUUGCAAAACCUGCUGAUGAAGAUGAAGAAUUUGCUCGUAUGAUGGCCAGGAUGGAUGAACUUGAGAAAGAAGAACGUGAAGCUGAAAGUCAGAUGGCACAAGGUGAUGAGGAUGAGCAAGUUCAGCAUGGUUUGCAUCAGCUUUCUGAUCAGAAAUCUCUCCAUGGGAAUCUCAAAAUUUCGGAGUACCAGUCAAGGAAACCUCCAGAGCAGACAAAAGAUGGAGUUACUUCUAAUGAAGAUAGUUUUACUGAUGUGCCAAGUUGUUCGGGUCUGGAAUCUAUAUCUGACGAUAAAGUAUCACCUGAAAAUAUAUUGGGCCGUGAUGUAAAAAGUGUUGCUGAGAAAGAUUUGGCAUCUCCAGUAGUUGAGAAUGUUCAGACUGUGCCUUUAUCAAGAAGUCAGGUUUCUCUUGAAAGUUCAAAACCAAAAUUUGACCGGGAGAAAGCUUUUACAGGUUCUAUUGUUGAGCACACUGACAAUCUUCAGAUAAAAUCAAGGGAAAGAACUACGACUACAUCACAGUCCUCUGCUUCUCAAGUUUCAAAACCGGUUUCAAGAUUCAAGAUGCAGAGAAAGUAGUUGCCUAUAAUGUUAGAGAUGUAAUUGUGGAAGUGGCCACAAUUCAAGGGUCAUUUUGAAUCCAACUGUAGCCUAGAUACUAGGUUAAAUAGUUUACCUUUGUUGAAAAUGAUAUAGAUUCAUCCUUUUAGUUCAUAUAUAUACCAAUGAAAUGUUUGCAGUU